CCUGUAAGUGGCCAGAGGUGACCUGUGAAAAUGGUUCGAUACUCUCUUGACCCAGAAAACCCCACAAAAUCAUGCAAAUCAAGACCCUCAAAUCUUCGUGUUCACUUUAAGAAUACUCAUGAAACUGCCCAGGCCAUCAAGAGUAUGCAUAUCCGAAAGGCCACCAAGUAUCUGAAGGAUGUCACAUUAAAGAAACAAUGUGUGCCAUUCAGGCGUUACAAUGGUGGAGUUGGUAGGUGUGCCCAGGCCAAACAGUGGGGCUGGACACAGGGCCAGUGGCCCAAAAAGAGUGCUGAAUUUUUGCUGCACAUGCUUAAAAAUGCAGAGAGUAAUGCUGAGCUUAAGGGUUUAGAUCUCGAUUCUCUGGUCAUUGAACAUAUCCAGGUGAACAAAGCACCCAAGAUGCGCCGCCGUACUUACAGAGAUCAUGGCCGGAUUAACCCAUACAUGAGCUCCCCCUGCCAUAUUGAGAUGAUCCUUACUGAAAAAGAACAAAUUGUUCCUAAACCAGAGGAGGAAGUUGCACAGAAGAAAAAGAUAUCCCAGAAGAAACUGAAGAAACAAAAACUUAUGGCACGGGAAUAAAUUAGGGAUAAAAUAAAUGGAAA